AGCACGAGAAUCAUCUGCUUAAAAUCCAAUCGCAUCGAACUCAGUCUUCUUUCUUCUUCUUCACCUACCUUUCUCUCUCUCUCUCGUGGUCCAUUCGCUAUUCUACUUCUUGCCGGCGCCGGAGAGAGUGAGAUGACUUGGUCGGUUUUCAGAUCCAUAAACUCUCCAACACUCGACCUCUCAACCGCACUUCGCUCCACUCGUACCCCAUUGGUCGCUGCUGGUGUCGGCUGCGCAACAUUUGCUGGUGUUUCUCUCUUCAGAAUGUCUUCUAGAUCUCCUCCUUUCGCUUCCCUCAGUGUCUCUGCUUCUUCUGUGAAGAAGGAAGUUGUGGCUACUGAGAAAGCACCAGCUGCUUUGGGACCAUACUCUCAGGCCAUUAAAGCCAAUAAUCUUGUUUUCCUUUCAGGUGUUCUUGGACUUAUACCUGAGACUGGAAAGUUUGUUUCCGAGAGCGUCGAAGAUCAGACUGAGCAGGUACUCAAAAACAUGGGGGAGAUAUUGAAAGCUAGUGGUGCUGAUUAUUCCUCGGUGGUGAAGACAACAAUCAUGUUGGCUGAUUUGGCUGACUUCAAGACAGUGAACGAGAUAUAUGCCAAAUACUUCCCAGCUCCCUCUCCAGCACGAUCUACGUAUCAAGUUGCAGCUUUGCCUCUAAACGCCAAGAUCGAGAUUGAAUGUAUUGCAACACUCUAGACCACCAUCAAUCUCUAGGAAGGGUAUUUUGAUUCGGAAGAUGUCAAAACAAAUAAGAGACACAAUGGUUUUGGGGCUUAACCCAUUUUUAACCUACUUUUCAUUUUGCUGCACACUACGGAAAAUGUUGCGGUUUAUCAACCAUUAGGUUGGUUACAAAUCAGAAGCCUCUAAUCAAGAAUAAGUUAUCUAGUGUCUUGUGCACCCUCAUUUGCUGUUGACGUAUUUGUAUUAAUUGUAUACAAUAUUUGAGUGAAAACCUUUAUGCUUGA